UGGAGAUGUGAGGUUGUGCGACGGAGGGAGAAGAAGGGGGAGGAGGAAUACGAACUGAGGGUUGCAACAUGGCGGACGUUUUAGUCGGUAUCGAACCGUCGUGUUGUUUACUUGGGAUCAAUCACUCUCACUAUUAGAUUGAGUCAUGAAGUGCCAAUUGUGUUGUUCUGGUGUAUCAAUGAUUGUCCAUUAAUCGAUGAACGACUGAGAGUUAUUGUUGCUGUUGUGUCUUGCCAGUUGCAACCGAUGGCAGACGACUUCAGGAAUUAUUCGGCCUCGUUGGGCAUUGUACGCCCCUUCUACCAACACCAAGAUGAAGCAUCGUCAGGUCUUGAUUUUUUCCUUCUUCAUGUUGAUGGAAUCGUAAGCAGUUGAGAUCAGCAAAAAGUCGAUCUUUGGAUUAUCAUGAACAGUUCGAUGUUUUUUUAGGGAACUAUGGAACUUAACUGAACGCUGAAAAGUUGGUGGAGAUAAAAAGUAAACUAAGGAGACUAUUUGGUACUAUUUAGUAUAAAGAAGAUAUCACUAUCGAUUAUUUAAAAUGGAUACUGGAGGUGGACAGGGCAAGAAGCAGAUUCGUGUUGGAUUUUACGAUAUCGAGGGUACAAUAGGCAAAGGAAAUUUUGCUGUUGUUAAAUUGGCCCGUCACCGUAUCACCAAGACAGAGGUCGCUAUUAAAAUUAUCGAUAAAACACAGUUGGAUUCAACAAAUUUAGAAAAAGUUUAUCGUGAAGUGGAGAUAAUGAAGCAAUUAGAACAUCCACACAUUGUGAAGCUGUACCAAGUCAUGGAAACUAAAAAUAUGAUAUAUAUGGUAUGUGAAUAUGCUAACAAGGGUGAAAUCUUUGAUUACAUCGCUCGAUAUGGACGAAUGGGCGAAUCACGAGCUCGUGCAACAUUUGCCCAAAUUCUAUCGGCAGUUGAGUACUGUCAUUCUAGUGGUGUUGCUCAUCGUGAUCUGAAGGCUGAGAAUUUACUUCUUGAUGCUCAAAUGAAUGUUAAAAUCGCCGAUUUUGGAUUCAGCAAUCGUUUUGUCCCCGGUGAGAGGCUCAGCACGUGGUGUGGCAGUCCACCUUAUGCAGCACCUGAAGUUUUUAGGGGAAAACACUAUGCUGGUCCGGAAAUUGACGUUUGGAGUCUGGGUGUGGUGCUUUACGUUUUAGUGUGUGGGGCACUGCCGUUCGACGGGUCAACACUGCAGUCUCUGCGUGAUCGAGUUCUGAGUGGGAGAUUUAGAAUUCCUUAUUUCAUGAGCACAGAUUGCGAGAACUUAAUACGUAAAAUGUUGGUACUGGAGCCAGUGAAGAGGUACACUAUUCCUCAGAUUAAGAGGCACCGUUGGAUGAUUGGAACUGCUGAUUCCAUAUGUCCUAUUUUAACUACAACUCCAUCAGCCCUCCAAGAGCCAAAUGAACAAAUUCUCAGGCUUAUGCACAGUUUAGGAAUUGAUGUUACACGUACCAAAGACUCACUGAAAAACAACAGCUACGAUCACCAUGCUGCCAUAUACUUUUUACUAUUGGAAAGACUGAAGCAACACCGAAGUGGUAAUCCAUCGAAUAAUCCCGCCUGGCCUCCAGUAUCACGUGGAAAAGAUGAUAAAUUCAAAUCAAGACGGGAUGAAGCUAACAGAUGUGGCAAGCGUUUCAGUUCAACGUCAUCGUCAACGGACGAGGGUUGUUGCAGUGCAGAGGGCGAUCUUGAGGAGGGACCAAGCGGUGAUGAACUCCGUGAGGCACAAAUUAAACUGCAGGAGCAUCGAUUGGGAUUGGAUCGUGACAUUAGCCAAAGAAUUGACAGUCAAAUUGUUAAUCGUCGUCUCAGUGAUUACCAACAGCAGCAUUUUGACUCAAUGAUGGAGUCCAUUGAUCCACCGAGUCGUGCGACACUGUUUGGAGCUGGUUGCAGUGGUAGUUCGUCAUCUGAAUUAUUUGAAUCGAGCUUUGACUCGGGUUGUCCACCUGAUUUUUCAAUUACUGGAUGUUUUACCAGUAGUUUACCGUCUUGUACACCACCACCACCUAAAAGUCCAUCACCAAUAGCAGCUAGAAUAGCGAGAACAGGACAGGGAAGGAGAGCUUCUGAUGCUGGGCCAAGACUAAUGUUUUGUCAACAGACUAGUACGGGUGAUAGACCUGUCAAACAACGAAGUAUUCAAGAUUCAGGAAAAGCUCGUGGACACCUGGACCUCGUCCAUCUACGACCAAACUCAACAUCACCAAAUCAACAGCAAUUCAAAACACGUGUUGACUCGAGUAUGCAGUUGCAAUUAUUAGUGCAGCAGAGAAUGCUCCAGCAAAAGAGAAAUAUGUAUCACAGACAUCGAGGUGGUGGUAGUCCUACACCUCUACCAGGUUUAUCAGGUAGUGGUAGUAGUGGUUCAUCAUCAGCUCGACGUUGUGGUGAGCAUGUACCACGUCAGGACAGUUACAAAAUGGCCCAACGUACCCAAAUACUUCCACCACUAUCUCAAACAUCUGAUUCAAAUUUUGAAAGAGAUCGAGAACGUGAAGAAGACAGAUGGAAGAGUUUACCAUCUCGACUCGCUGCUGAUUGUCAAUUAGCAGAGAGGACACUGCUGUGGAGCCAGCAGGUUGGAUUGGGUGGUGCCUCUUAUCUGCCUCCUGGAAGUGUUGGUGGAUUUUUGUGGCCAGCUAGUAACAGUCCUCAUGCAACGAUCUUUGAAAAUGCCGGUGAUCCAAUGGAAUAAAUAAUCUAAAUAUUUAUUAUCUACGGGAUUUUUCAGUGACAGAUGAAUUCCAUCGCAGAGCCAUCCAAUGAUUUUUAAAUAUUAUUAGGUUUUAGCUUACUGCGUAGUUCGAGGAUUUUUUUUUGGGAAAAAAUGUUCGAUAGUUGAAGCAGUUGUUCUGUUCCUGAGGGAAUUACUGUAUUUCAUCUCAAACAGACAUCUCCUACUAACCACUUUCUAUCAUGAACUCUAGACUGGAAAAUUAUCGUGUGGUACAGGAAUAUGUAAUCAUUAACCAUAAAUAGACUGAUCAUUAACUCGAACUGAUAAAACACCAAUUUAUUAGAAUCCAGACAAGAAUUUAAUAAAAUGAUGGGUAAAAGUUAAGCACUAGAAUUUUCCUUCAGAAUUAGUAAUAGAAAAAUGAAAAAAAAAACUCGUUAAUGAGCUAAAAUUGAUGGCUUAAGGUCAAUGGGAUUUUUACCAUAGCUUUAAGGGCGCAGUUGAAGACUUGUAUGGAGAAAAAAAAAUUGGCGAAUGAGUCAUUGAUUUUUGAUACGUGAAACUGAAUUUGUUAAAGUCAUUGCAAUGACCGAAUGUAAUUUUGAAUUGAUUGAGUAAUUAAUUAUUUCAAACGAUAGAAUUUUAAUAAUAUCCCACUGCCAUCGAGUCGCCUGGGAUCGUCACCAAUGUAAUUAAACAACCGCAGCUCAUCGAUCCACGCGAUGAAGAAGUAAAUAAACUAGACAAUUUGGUUAUUAAUUCAUAAGUAUAAAAAAAAUUGUUGAAUAACAUGUAAUGAUGUAAUGAUGAAAAGUGUUUGUUGGAUAGUCAUGACAAUUAUCGAGUUUCCACCAGAAAUCGGCAUAAGUAUUAUUUCCAGUGCUAUCGAUUUCUGUUAUCGAUCUCUCUCGAAUUCAAAUUCCGAACAAUAGGAAUGGGUUUUUUUAUGCCGUUUUCACAAUAUUUUUUCAUUACAUUAUUGAUCAUUAAUUAACUUGAUCAUUAAUGAUUUUUUUUUUCUGCUGAUAUCUGAUUUUCAUUGACCAUCGGAAAUGAAACAUGUUGUCACGUUGAGAAAUCAAUUAAUCUCGUCAUAAUCAUAUGAAACUAGUCAAUAAUACUUGUGAAAAAAAAAGUCUGCAUAAUUGUUGAAAUAAUGAGAAGGUGUUCGGCGAUUAUCGGGAGGAAGAAACGAAUCCAUAAUGAUUCCUCUUCAUCGCAGAAGAUAUUUCUCCCUUAGGUACUAGAUUUUUCAGAGCUUCAACUGUUUAAUAAGAUAAUUGAUGAGCAAUACCGGCCGCGCACAACCAACAACGACUUCAAUCAUUUGGGAUCUAUCCCUUUAACAUUUUAGAUAUAUUUAAAAUGAACAAAUGAUAAAUACAAUCAAACUCCGCUCAAAAGUGAACAAAAAUAAGAAUCUCUUUUUUUUAAAUAAAAAAUGACGAUUGGAGGCGAGUCUACUGAGGUGAACGAAUGCUGUUACAAAUAUUGUUACGAUUUGAUGAGAUUUUUGUGAAUAUUUGUUUGGGAAUCAGCUUUAUGGAAAUUUUUCUUGUAUCACAAUUUUUUUUAUUGGGACUUGAUUAUCAAGAGAUUUAUUGCGGGAAUUACACAUGAAAUGCAAUUGGUAAUUGAUUUUCUAACGGGGUUUCGAGGUAUCAAAAACUGUCAUUAAGUAAUGAAGUGGUAAAACGAGAUGAACUGACGUAUCUUCGAGUCGAGUUUUUGAUUUCGAGGUAUUCAUCAAAAACAGGUCAAUUGUCAAAAUCAAGUUCACUCCUUUUACCAUUUAAUUACUGAACUAUUCAAUUCUAAUUUCCCCCGAUGAGUUUUUAUGCAUUUCCUCGGCUCGAUGUGAGUUAUAUCCACCGCUCGGUAUAAUUCUGAUCAAUCAACAUCGAAUUACUGAAGAAUAAACUCACUAAGUGUCCAGAAAAUCGGAAAAAAACACGAAAAAAAUGCCUUCUUAGGACGAUAGAUUUUCAUUAGUGUGAUGUAGGUGAUU